AAAGAAGCGUUUAGUAAGCCUGAGUUUUAAUAACCGGUGACAUGUUUACUUCAUCAGCCCAAAGAUAUCUUAUAUUUGAAAAUUACAUAAAUAACCUUAAAACCUACUCCCUUAUUUCAUUUCUACUGCUUUAUCAGUGAUAGAGAAAACAGUCGCUCCUAUCUCCAUCAAAGAAGCUAAGCCGCUCCGAUCUCUAUUGAACAAGCUAAGUCGCUCCCAUCUCCAUCGAAGAAGCUAAGGCCUCCUGGUUUUGAGAUGAGUCGCAAGCUUUUCAUGGCUCAGGCCAAGAAAAUGGUUGCCAAAGAGAUGGAGGCCGUUCAACAGGCCGAAGCGUCCAAGGUUUCUGGUGACGGGACCAAAUCCCAAGCCGACGCGGCGAAGAAGCCAGUGGUGAAGAGGAAGAAGGCCGUUGAGGAGGGUCAGCGUACCCUUGCCGAGACGGGUCUGAUACCGGCCCAGGGUGCCAAAAAGACGAAGCGGAAUCCUCCUCUCCUUGAUGCCGCAAUGGCCGAUGCGCAGGCGUCGGUUCAAGGGGAAGUUGUCUCCGACGUGCAAGUUAUCGAGGAUCUGACUUUGAAUGUCGCCUCGUCCGCCGUAGUCCCCACCAAAUCUGGUGCUGUUGCUAAGGGAAGCACUCGCGCCGAUCGAGAUCCGGCUACCGGCCUGUAUGAGGUGACGGUGCGGUACCCGACCAAGGGCGGGCUUUUUAACGAGAAGGUGUCUGGCCACGACGUCUUGUUCCAGGCCAUUCCCGAUGCCGACAGGGAGUACCUGCGGCGGCAGAGCAAGGAUGUGCG